AUACUUUCGGACUCACAGUCAGCAAUAAAUUCUAUUGGAUACAGAGAGCCACCCAAAACAGCUGAGAUAAAGGAAUUUAGAAAACUCUAUGAGCUGCAGAGAGAGAAAAACAAAACAGUGGUCCUACAAUGGAUUACUGUUCACUGUGGCAUUAAAGGCAAUGAGAGCCUCUCUCUACCCAUGAAUCCAUUAUCAGACAUUGAUAUAAUGGAUUCCUGAAUUCCCGACCUCAAUAAUGAAGGCCUUAAUCAGGAGAGAAUUCCAGACCAGUGCAACGAAAUUAAAGCUCGAAUUCCAGACCUCAAGGUUCAACGAACUCAAAGCUCGAACAACAGAGAAACAGUGGACAGUGGCACUCUCCGACAUAGCCGACUAGCCAAGAAUCAGAAACAGUGGACAGUGGCACUCUUCGAUAUAGCUAGGAGAAAUAGUGGACAGUGGCACUCUCCGACAUACCCGGCGGCGAGAAUCGAAGCCGUUGCUGAGUUUAGACUACGUAUCGGACAGUCCACACAAUGA